AAGUCCCGAAAAGAGGCUUCCACCAAUCAGGAUGAUCGGUGCUAUGCCAGCGGUGGCAGUUCGCCACGAACGUAAGCGACAGGAAAAGAGAUUAAAACGCCCUAGUCAACUUUACCUAGGAGCUCAAUGGAUGCCACCGCCUCAAGGUUCGCCGCCAACUCCUAGUCCUCACGGUCACAACAGUCACUUGGAACCACUACCAGAGUUGUAUCUCUGUGGCAAGAUAUCGGGACUACAUGCGGUGGUUGUAUGCCUAUUGUUGGGUGCAGUGGUAUUAGUUGUUGGUCUAGUCCAACUCGUACCAGGAGCGACGACCACGGAUCAUAGACUUGCACUGCUUGUAGCGGGUGCACUUCUGCUUCUUCUUGGUAUUAUUCUAGCUGGCGUAAGAUGUUACGUCUUGCACUGUGUACCCUUACCGACGGAAUCACCCGCAGCAACUCCAUUUCCGCCCCCGGCUAACGAGCAAUCUGGACUUCCAAGAGGUACUCUAGAUCUGCUAGUCGGGCAUCAAAAUCAACCGGAGACCGAUGCCCUUAUGCACCCCGAACACCAUCAUCAACAUCACCAUCACCAUCACAGCAACUAUAAGAAAAAACGAAGCUCCCAUGGGUCCCACUCCGACGAAGCCUAAUGAUCGAUGGCACAGUUCUGACGAAUUAAUCGGGCUCCAGUCCGUCAGCGAUGAAAACGAAUUACGCUGGCAACUAGAGGCAGAACUACGUGUCGUUUCAGACCAAAUUAAAGAGAGAUCUCAAAGUAGAUGAAACAUUUGGAAAGGAAACUGAGGUAACCUAGUGAGAGACGGUUCUGUAUCCUCUAAUAGUCUGUACGUGUACAUUAUACCCGAUUCUUUUAUCAUUUGUAACUUUCUAUAUAUGUAUAUAUACAUGCAUAUACGAUACUUAUCGUCAACGUGUACUCAGCUUGACACGACGCUGAGGAAAGUGCACUUUUCUAUCUUGUCUCUCUUCGAUACCACUUUAUAGACCACCGUUAUUUCAUUGGUGCGUAAGAAUUUUCAUACCGAGACAAUGUAUGAAAACCGAGGCGUCUUGUGCGUCACGCGGUAAUUAAGUACUUACGGAAGUUGCCCAGCGUUACGCAACAUUAUUCGAAUAAAAGGAAUGCGAGGGAGAUUUCUUCGGGUAUUCUUUCGAGUCUGCUUGUCGUAACUGUGUAAGCUGAUAAUCGAUAGGAGGAAGGUUAUUAAGAAUUUUGCAUAUGUUUUAAUGUGAAUUCAUGAACGUCCAGGAUAUUAAUCAUAGAAUUUUACUUGUACUUCAGAGUAUCACUUCUUUGAUAAAGAAGUUUCAUAUAAAUCUUGUUAAGGAACUUUUUCCGACGGUAACGGAAUUGAAUCAAGGUACAAAAUGAGGAAAUUUUUGACGUACACCUUGCAUGUGAACGAUACUCGUUACCGCUAUGGGAAAAAGAAUGACUCUUUCUGAGAAACAAUGAGAAAACUGUCCAAAAACAUAUUGUAUGAAAUGCGUACAUCGCGGUGUCGCAUCGUAUGAACAGAGUCUCUCGUGCGAUCAAAGCGGCGCGUUCUACAUGGCCAGACAGAACGGAAAGGUGGAAAGUAUAGAUUUUCAUUAAUGAUUUAAGAAGCGUUGAUAUUCAGAACGCAAGAAUAUAAAGGUCCAGCGAAAGGGGCAACAAUGCAAGAUGCAAGGAAACAAAGAUCGGUAAAUCGUGCCGUCGAAUUCGAUAGUAAAGUUGGAGAAGGAUGUUAACACUCUGAAAUCCGGAAACUGAUGUUUGCGUCUAUGUUCAGCCGUAGUUUACAGAUCGAGAGGACAGAUUCAGAUUUUGAUGCGGUACGAUGACAAUGCCCCCUCAUCUUAUCUGAUCUUAUCUCAUCUGCUCGUUUCUCUCGAGAAGCUAUUAUAACGUGUCGGUAAUAACGCCGAGGGUACCGGUCUUCAAGGUGUUAAGCAUGAUUUCACGUGCCAAUACUAUUGAGUUUACGACACCGUCAGAGAAUUAUACCGUAGUCUUCUGAACAUCCUCCCUUCUUUGUGCUCUCUUGUUCCAUAGCUUGGUGCGUGUUGAUCGUAUACCUAUUUGAAGAAAAUGUAGGUUAGGGUAUGGCGUUAAAAAGUUAAAAAUUUAAAAGGGAUGGCCUAGCGUCGAUAGGUUUACUAUGAAGAAUCGUGGGCAUUUUCCAAAUUUCGGGGACGUAUUUUAUUUAGCGAACCUAACUGGAUUAGAAAAUUAUUAUUUCUAUGUACGUAUCUGCUACUUGGAAUCUUGUACUGAGACAGACAAUUAUAGACAUUCUCUAACAAAUUAUUCAAGGGCAUGUCGAAAUAAUCAAAAAGGUCUAGCAAUGAAAUUUGCAAGGUGUCUACGAAAGAGAACUCUAUCCAGCACUUUUUCGAUAGUUACUAAUUGUUUUUCUACUAUGACAUGAAAUAAUUUCGACACGGAAGUAUCGAAGGAACUUUGAUAGAAAAUUUAUUCGCAACUGAUUAAAUGAAUACGCUCUUGAUAAUUACAAGGGCCUCGAAUCAAAGUAUUCAUUGUUAUCUCUAUGUGUUUUUGAUUAUUUUACAAAUCAAUGAUUUUUUAAUAUAAAAUUACUGUUACGAAAGGAAAAGAUAAAAAUCCUAAAGUCUUCAUAUUCUACGCACAGAAAACUUCAUUUAUAAAUGUACUGCUUGUAAAUAAGCUGCUUCCUAUUCGAAAUUUCUUUAGUCAUUUCAAAUUUAUUCAAGACAUUUUAGGUUUUUCAUAAGUAUUUCGGUAAAGUAUACAUUGUCGUAGAACAAUUUGGGUACACGGAUUUAUGAAAAAUAGUCAUAAAUUGAUCUGUUCGAAAUUUCUUUAGUCAUUUAUCAUUUAUUCGAGGCGUGUUAGGUUUUCCAGAAGUAUUUCAGUAAAGUAUACAUUGUCGUAGAACAAUUUGGGUACACGGAUUUAUGAGAAAUAGUCAUAAAUUGGUCUGACCGAAAGCAGUACAUAAAGGACAUAAUUGAUGUCUAAAACGAGCAUAACUCAUACUCGCCUUCUGUUUAACUCGAAUUUUCCAUAUGUUUGAUAUUUUUUAAUAAGCACUUUCAUUUUUCGUUGAUUCAUCUUGGUAUAAACACGAUUCACGCAAUUUUCAUAUUUAAUAAAGAUCUUAGAUCUUAACCUAUAUAGUUUGUAUGGGGAAACUAAAGUAUUUACAGCGUUGCGUCCCACUACCUGUUAAACCUCGCUAGAGUACCCAAAAGUCGUAACAAAUGCUGAUCGAUUUUCCACCUAUUCACUGCAUUAACAAAUUCAACAUUUCAAUUAGUACCUCCGAAUAACUAUGCUUUGUUAUAUCCUUUCAUCAAUGCCACAUAAUAUCGUUGAAAAUGAAAGUAUAAUGGAACAAACAACCAUGUAAAAAGAAUUGAUGAUAAAACACAGACCAAGUAACAUAAGCAUUAAACAAUUUCAGAGAAUAUAGUAUCUUUUAUGAUCAAUACAUUUUACUAAAAUAAAACACAUAUGAAAAUGUUAUUACCCAUAUCUCUUCAAAUUCAUUAUUUAUGAUUUUUCAUUAUUGCAGUUAAUUGUUUUAUAUUUAUGUCAAUAUGUGUGUGUAAAUAUAAAUAUGUAUGUAUAAUAUAUUAUUAUUUAUAGUUCUUACAUAAAAUUCAUUAUUUUUAAUAAAAGUUAGAAAUAGAAUUGAAUCACGAAUUAUCUUUCUGUAAGGACAUUGAGAAUUUUUUCUAAUUUGACUUUCAGAAAGCAAUUUGUUUUACCGAAUAUUUUUAAAUUUAAUAAAGAUCGUAGCUUACUACUAUAAUUGUACAGUAGAAUGUUUGGCAACCAGAACAAUUGAAUAACAACAUUUUUCGAAAUAUAUUAAUUUAUUUAAACUCCUUUAACAGUAAUUAACUUUUCGCAUUAUAUUCAAUCUCUAUCAUUCAAUCCUAAACAAACCCAAUAAUAAUAGUAAUGGUAAUAAUAAUAACAGGGAACUUUUCCAUAUCACGGUAAAAGUGAUAUAUGUGAUUGAGUUUUCUGCUUCGGUGGAGAGAAACAUCUUAGUCAAGGAGGAGGAGAUUAGAGGACAAACAGACUAAAUACAAAGACCUUGUGGAUGAGCUACACAAGGUGAAGCGGGGAUAUUCAAUCAAACGGGUUGUUCUUAUAAUCAGGGUGAUCGGGAGAAUGAGGCCUUCGCUAGACCAAAAUCUAAAGAUCAUUCCGGCCUGCCAGAAAUACGCUAUCGCUCUUGCAGGCCAAAUGAAGAAAGCGAUCAUCCUGGGUUCGUUUCGUUUACUCACGUUACAGGAUUUAAACUCCGAGUUAUGAUAGUUGCUUAUCCUGAGAAACUGGUGAGCGCUGUGGCAGUAAAAUCGCCUGACACAAGCCGGCCUGGCUGGUCAGAGUCUAGAGAGGUCGGUCAGAUAAUCUCAUUUAAUGGGAAAAUAAUGAUAAUUAUAAUUUCAGUCCUUUUUCAGAAAAGAACAAUAGCGAGUACUUUGCAACUUGGUUUAACUUGUUUCACGGGGAAUAAACCAUCCAUCAUAUAGAUACGAAAUAGUAAAAUAAUAAUAAUAAUAAUAAUAAUAAUGAUAACAAUAAUAGUAACUGCGCGAAAAAUAGGUAUUUGUUCACAAAACAGCCGACCAAUAACAACAUGUAUAACAGAAGAACGAGAAGGAUGUAGGAAAAGCAACCGAGAAUGCAAAGAAUAUGUAAUAAUAGUGUCAUAAUGAAUCAAGCAACGAAGGAACACAGUAAUCUUCACGUAACGCACAUAGUUAACUGAGUCAGUAUCACAUAACUGGCCCACAAAAACAUUACAAAUAUACAAAAUACAUCCAAAAAACCAAGAACUUUUUAACACAGUAAUGAAAACAUGGAGGAUAACAAUAUCUCUAACAACAGAUGCACAACAUACAACAAUAGAUAAAAGGAAAUAAAUAGAGGUGUUUUCGAAGGAGAUUCUCUUAACGCCUUCUGGUUCAGUACAUGUAUGAACCCCCUAUCCAAUGCUCUAAAUGAAACCACAUACGCUUCAAUGUUAAGAAAAACAAAGUAACAAACUAUAAAAUAAACUGUCUGUUAUAUAUAUGGCGACAAGGAAUCUAUGCAGUCACAAAAGAACACUUAACGAGAAUGAUAAAAACAAUAGAAAUGAUCUCCAAUAGUCAUUAAAAUGGAAUUCCGAACAAACAAAUGCAAAACUGAAACAACGCAGGAAAAGUUAAUUAAUGAAACAAUAAAUAGCAUAAGUAACGAUGAAAAAUAAAAAUACUUGGCUUUCCAUUAAUUAAAAGAAAGCUGCAAAACACUUAUAAAAACCGCUUAAAAGCACUAAAGAAAUCCCAAUUAACAGCAAAGAAUCUCCUUAAAACCAUAAACAGCUAUGCCAUACUGAUACUCAACUGAUACUCAACUAUUACUUUGGGGUCAUCAAGUGAACACAGACGAACCUACGUAACAUUGAAAUAACCACCUGAGGAAGAUUAACGAAACACAAAUAACGUCAUCCAAAUUCAUGUAAGAAACAAGUCACAAUAAACGGAAAAGAAGGGAUAAAAGGACUCAUAGCAUACAAACACUGUAACUAAACCAAAUUAAUACAAAUAGAACAUAUUUUCACGUGAGAAACAACCAAGUACAUAAACUAAUAAAUGUGGCUGAUAAAACAAAUGAUACACGAGGAAACACGGAUAGAAUAAAAAUAAAAGGGAAAAACUGGGCAAAUAAAAAAUUACACGCAAAACAUCUACAUAUUACGAACGAUUAUAACAUAGACAAAGUACACACCUACAAAUGGUUACAAACAGGACAAAUAUAUUUAGAAACCAAAGAAUUCAUUAUAACAAUCCAAGACCACAUUACAGCUACACAAAAUAAUCGUUAGUACAUUAUGAAAUAUACCAUAAUACCAGACGACAGUUGCAGAAAAUGUCAACAAACAAACGAAAAAAUAGUAGAUUAUAUUAUUGGAGAAUACAAACUACUUACAGGAAUGAAAUAUACAGGAAGACACAACCAAGCAGCAAAAAUAAUGUAUCAACCAAUAACGAAUAAAUAUAAACUAAUCGCACUAUAAAUACACACAAAUUACAGCACUCAAAAAUAACCAAUACAAAUUAUAUUCGAACAUAACAACAAAUACAAAUAAAACGACACUAUACAGUAACACUGCAACAUAAAAUUGAAAAGGUUACAUUCAUCAUAAAUAUUACCAUAUCGAUACAUAAACAUAACAGCUAAAUAUAAAACAAAUGGACAAAUAUUCACUAUUAGUAAAAGAAAUAGAAAAAAUAUGGAAACAAACAUAAAUGAUAAUAACCCUACUUAUCAUAUCUGCAACCGGUAUACAAUAACAUCCAAGACAUUUAUGUAAAACAUCAAGCAACUCCAGUCAGACAGGAACUUACAUAAACAAAAGAAGAGUAGAGUACCUUGAACCUUAGUUUAACCCAUUUCAAUUGACCUAAAAUUAUCGUCACGAAAAACAUGUAACUAACAAAAGGAAACGUGUACAGUAAAUAUUAGGUCCACAACAAAUUUCCUUAUAAAUACCCGGCAGUCACACCUAUAUAGCGCGCGAUUGGGAAGAAAUUCACCUUAACAAAGAAUUCAAUGAUCGAGUAAUGCAAUUUAACUUGAAGUUAUAUAUUCCGACAAGAUUAAUAUUAAUUUAAUGAUGGAACUUUAUUUAUUUCACUUUAGUAAUGUUCCAUUGUCUGAUUCAAAGUAGUACGAGAAUCGCUAUGGACACAAAACGAAACUGCAGACGGUUAUAGUAAAAUUUGAUAUCCACAAGUAUAAAAUGUUUCAAAUAGAAAAAGUGAAAAAUCUAAACAACAUGAAUAUUCAUGGAAUCAUAAGUAUAUACGUAAGUAUCUCGAUUUUGGAGAAAACAUAACAAAUAAAUGCAGGCACACAAAAUCACACCGAAAACAAUAUACAAAACAACAACGAAUUUCUGAAUUUGAAACAGAGAUCACAGAAAAUCUUUUUAAAUGAAUAUUUGGAAACGUUAAUGUUUUGACACGAAUAAAAACCGAUAAAAUACAAGGAACACAUGUUAUAAUACUUCCACAUCAUGGACGUUGACUCUGUUAGGCAACAGUAAAAGUAUCAAGAAGCUAUACACUAUCUAACGUAAUCACAGAGAAUCGUCGUUGCAAUACAUAUAAAGGAAUAGCAUAAGUAUAAAAGAAAAUACACAACAAGCAUUAUAAUAUUACGUUGACAAUUUUAUUCGCGAUUUUACCUUUCUUAAACGUAAUUAUUUAUUAAAAUACAAUUAAUAUAUAAUACUUAUAUUCAUCAAUUCUUCAAUACUACAACGGUAACACUUGGCUAUGGUUCAAUCAAAAUACGUGGAAAAAUGCGUUUUAACAUUCUGAAAUUCGGAAAAUUAUUUUCCAGCCAAGGAAUCAUGUAACGAUACAAAGAAAUGGGACAAGCAUUGUCGCAUCACAGAAUGUCGCCUUUGUGUAAUCGUUGACAUUGAUCAAGUUACCAGUUAUUCAUCUACACCAGAGAUCUCGGGAUGCCUCCCCUCAAGCGAGUGACUCUCAACUAGCGGUUUCUUUAGUAUUGCUACUCUGGAAGCUACCAAGACUGUGUAAGUACGCGGGCAGCUCUAUGUGGUAUUCAGUACAAGUAGGUGAAAUUAGGUAUGGAAAGGGUAACUCUCGCCUACCAGAUCGUGGGGGGAAAAACCUUAGGUAAGAAACGAACUCCCAGUUCGGCAUCUUUGAUUCAAAUACACUACCACCAUUUUCAUCUAAUUGCUAGUAAAUAUUACUUUUAAUUUACUAGCAAUCAAAAAGUCGUGAAUGUAGUUGCCAACCUAACAACAACAAUAAUAAUGAACACAUAAGGAUAGAAUACACAUUUGAAUGACUGUAAGGCCCGAUACAAUUAUCAGUCCGUUUUCGACCUGGUUACGCUCCGUUCAAAAUUCUUUCCUUGUAUAUUGCUAGAAAAACUAUAGACCACGUAGUAGCAGGGUGCAAAGUAGUCGGAGAAAUAGCACACCUGACCAAUCACAGUGCAGUAAUAGAAAUCAUAAUUAUGCAUCUGAGAAAACUGUAGACUAUAAAUAAUUUAUAACUAUUCAAAUGACCGACAAAUCCAAUAAAAAUUAUUUGUUGCUUAGCUCGAACUAAUUUCAGAUGUAAAUUAUCAUACAUCCUGAAAAUUUUCUCAUGAUAAUAAUCAUUUUUCAGAUUUGUUUAUAAUAUCUAUAUUAAGUAUUAGCAAAAAUUUACAAAACUGAAUGUAACAUUUAUACUAUGUUUGUAAAACGUAAAAAAUAAUGUCAGUGAAAAGAUACAAAAAUACAGUAGGGUAUCUCGUAUUUGAACGCAUAGGAAAACGAAAGUGUUUGAAUAAAGGAUUUUUCAUGUAGAACAAUGUCUUUUCUGAUACCUAGAUAUCAUUUAUAUAAAUAAAGAUCAUGAAGACUGACAAUAUGUACAAAUAUUUAUGAUCUCAUAUCACUUUGACUAUGAAAUUACAUAAAUAUAAGAAAUUAUAGGUUAAACUGUCUAUUGCUAGAAGACACUAUUUGAAUAUGGAACGUAAAAUGUUUAGAUAUCGGUGGAAUAUUCAAAUGUAAUAGUCGUACGGGUAUGGGCUCUACUGUAGGAUAUUAGUUUCGAAAGAAAUAAAGAAAUAAUAGGAAUAAGACAAAUAAGUGACAGUAAUAUAAAGCAGUUUUUGAAACACUGAGAUGCUACUGUAUUUACUUCAUAGAUCUCCAAUAGAUCUCGAAUAGGUCUGCAUUUAAACACGUACAUACUGCUAUAAAAUCAAUUAUUAUAAAAACUUAUUCGCUGUAUUAUCGUAAAUAUUUUCAAGAAAAUUUCUCAGACAUAUUUAUGCAUACAUACAGAAGACAAGCAAACAUUAAAAAAAAACAAUAAUUAGAAAAAUAUUGAUAUAACAAUAGUACUUGUGAUUUGGUAACCAAAUUCUCGCAUGCUCGUCAUAUUACAGAAGUGUGAAUUGAAAUAUUAAUAAUGCUGAUAUAUUUUAUAAACUUGAAAACUUACUUACUUUUCUACUAUGAGUUUCAUUAUCACGACUUUAAUGAAAGAACUCUCCUAAAUCAUAGUAAAAGUGUUUAUUUCGUUUUGUUUCAUACAUUCAUGAAUUGUAUUACAAAUUCAUCAAAUCUGCAUUCUACUUAUAUAAAAUAUACAGGAUGUCUUAUUUUAAUAUUUUGUGACAACUAUUUCGAAAAAUAUGAAGAUGCAAUAUAUUUUUCCAGUAAAAGUUUUGUCAUAUGAAGUGAGACAAAUUAUAAUUACGUUGAUUUAUUUUAUUAGUUUAAAUUCGAUUUAAAAUUUUUAAACGAGAACAUAUAUUUUGUUACGUAUGUU